AUGUUUUUCAGGCGGCGUUUUCGGAUGCACCAGACUCUAUUUAUGCAUAUCGUGAAUGCUUUAGAGCGUCGGUACACGUAUUUCCGACUCAGGGAGGAUGCGAUUGGUAGACCCGGUCACUCGCCUAUACAGAAGUGCACUGCCGCAAUCAGGAAAUUAGCCUACGGAGGCCCUGCCGACAUGUUCGACGAGUACCUCCACAUGGGCGAGAUGACUGCCCGCGAAUGUCUCAUGUAUUUUUAUCAGGGCGUCAUUGAGAUUUUCAGGGAUACGUAUCUUCGGAAGCCUACCCCCGACGACUGCCAGAAUCUGAUAGAUAUGCACGGGUCGGUGCACAGGUUUCCCGGGAUGUUGGACAGCAUAGAUUGUAAGCAUUGA